CUCAUGAAUAUUAAGUACCGAGCCGUCAACGUACUAGCGUUAGUAAUUUCGCACCCGGCCCACCACGCACGUAUAUAUAUAUAUAUACCGGGGGAAAACGAGAUAUUCUGACCUGGGAAUGGACAGCGGAAUGCACAGUCGUCGUUAAAGAAUCGGAUUUGCUGGACUAAACGCGAAGGAAUUAUUUAAACUGGAUUGAAAACCAACGCAAACCCGUAGGCUCGGUCCAGCCCGGUACUGGUUCGCCUCUCCAGUGACUCACGGAGCUCGGGCCGCUGACGGAGCAUUGCUGACCGGUCGGAUAAAUCUACGGAAGGGCCGGACCGUCACCGACGGGAUUUCAGCAUGAAGUUCAAACCGAACCAGACGCGGACGUUCGACCGGGAAGGAUUCAAGCGGCGAGCGGCGUGUCUGUGCUUCAAAAACGAACGGGAGGAUGAGGUGCUGUUGGUCAGCAGCAGUCGAAACCCGGAUCAGUGGAUCGUUCCUGGUGGAGGAAUGGAGCCGGAGGAGGAGCCGUGUGGAGCUGCUGUACGGGAGGUCUAUGAGGAGGCUGGAGUGAAGGGUAAAUUAGGACGUUUGCUUGGCGUGUUUGAGCAGAACCAGGACCGGAAACACCGGACGUACGUGUAUGUGCUGACGGUCACAGAGACGCUGGAUGCCUGGGAGGACUCAGUCAAUAUUGGCCGUAAGCGCGAAUGGUUUACUGUCGACGAGGCCAUCAAGGUCCUACAGAGCCACAAACCUGUUCACGCCGAGUACCUGAGACGCCUGCGGAUCAGUCGCCCAUCUACUACCACCAACGGCAACCUGCUCCUGCCCCAAACAUCUCCCAGCACCCUCACACCGCUCUUCAGCACUCCGACGUCAACCGCACGCAGAUAGGACACACACACGCAUACAGAACAACACACACACAUCAACACUCCUCUGUCUACAUGAACCACCCACACACAUCUCCAGGGCCUUUAUGACCCUCACAGCACCUCUUAGGCACCUUUGGGACGUUCUUUAGAGGGACAAACCAAAGUCGUGUUGGAUUUGCGGUGAAGAAUGCCUUAAUGAUUUAUUUUUGAAGUCAGUUACAGUCGGCUGAUCUGUUUUAGUUGUUGCAACUGAAUAAUUAUUAUUGACCAGCUUUACAAACCAGUUACAUGGAAGUGCACUUCCAUUAUUCCUCCAUCACUCUCACCUGCGGAGCUCGGCAUUCUGGGAUUGUGAUGUAGGGAAUGUCAGUUUCAUUCCACGUGGCUUUAUCAGCGUUUGACCUCUGAAUUCAGUCCGUUAGCGCUGUCGUGACCCCAGACUUCCCUUUAAGACUCAGACGAGCCCUUUAAAAGCCCCCUUCACUGCUGCUCCUGACCGGA